UGGAAUCACAUGGUGUCAGUAACCACCUAGAGUAAUAUCCCUGGUAGAUAUCUUCUCGUCAUAGUUUGAACCCUCCCCUUUGCUGGUUUGGUAGUUUAUUCAGUCGCUGGAGGUUACAGUCGUCCAGCAUCGUGGACAGAAUAAGACCUGAAAUGUACAUGAAUAAAACUAGUGUUAGCUUUAUAGUUUUGGUAUUCGGCUAAUAUAAUGGAUAGACAAGGGUAACCAAUGGAGGAAUAGUGAAAGUGUUGUGGAUUAUUGUUAUUUAUCUAGAGAACAUGGAACAAAGAGGAUGCGGGGCAUGGCUGGAGCAACGGCAGUGGGUCGCCAUCAUGGUUGCUUUGGUUCUCUUUUGGAGCGGGGCUUCUGCUCAAAUAAGAUACUCCACCUCAGAAGAGCUCAAGGAAGGAACUGUCGUGGGGAAUGUAGCUAAGGAUUUGGGAAUAGAUCUAAACACCUUGAAGGAUAGGGGAUUUCGAAUCGUUUCUGGCUCCACCGAGCCCCUUUUCCAGGUAAACAGGAAUGACGGCAUCUUGUAUGUAAAUCGACAAAUAGACCGAGAGGAGGUGUGCGAACGGAGAAGCGUUUGUUUGAUCAACCUGAAAACCGUUCUAGAGAACCCGCUGGAGAUCCAUUAUAUCGCGGUGGAGGUGUUAGAUGUGAACGACCAUUCUCCCAGCUUUCCAGAGAAAGAGAAACGGUUAGAUAUUUCAGAGUCCGUGUUACCGGGGGCGAGAUUUCAGCUACUAGCUGCGCAUGACCCUGAUGGAGGUCCAUUCUCCAUUCAACAAUAUAAACUUAGUCACAAUGACCAUUUCCGUGUUGAGGUGAAAGACCGAGGUGAAGAUGGCAAAAUGCCGUUUUUGGUUUUACAGAAGCCACUAGAUAGAGAAGCAGUAAGAAGCCAUAAAUUACUCCUCACUGCUAUUGAUGGUGGAAAACCACCGAGAUCUGGAACAAUUGAAAUAACUGUAGAUGUAUUGGAUGUUAAUGACAACACCCCGGUGUUCACUAAAGAUGUGUACUCUGUCAUGUUAAAUGAAAACUCUCCCUUAGGCACAACGGUUAUUCAGGUAAACGCCACCGAUCUAGAUGGUGGUGUAAACGGGGAUAUAAUUUACUCAUUUGGCAAUGUGAAGAGCAAGCUGAAUAAACUUUUUGAUUUAGACACCUUAACGGGUGAAAUAACUGUUAAAGGACCAAUCAAUUUUGAGGAAAAAGAUAGCUAUCUGAUUGAUAUACAGGCAUCAGAUCAAGGACCCGUUCCCCUGACAACAGAGAAAAGUGUAUUAGUAAAGAUAAUUGACGUCAACGACAACGCGCCUGAGAUCGAAAUUACAUCGUUUUCUAACGCAAUCGCUGAGGAUUCUAGACCCGGAACCACUGUAGCUCUAAUUAGUGUUAAUGAUUUAGACUCUGGUCUCAAUGGCAAAGUGAUCUGUUCUAUAACUGAGGACGUCCCUUUCAAACUAAUGCCGUCUUUACAGGACAACAUGUACUCUGUAGUCACCAAGUCACCGCUGGAUAGAGAGAAACAGGCUCAUUAUGACGUCACAAUAGUUGCCAAAGACGCAGGACAGCCUUCCUUGUCAUCUAUAAAGACUGUCAGCGUUGUUGUGUCAGAUGUGAAUGAUAACAGUCCAGAGUUUUCACUGAGUCCCUAUAAUUUCUAUGUCAGUGAAAAUAACUACCCAGGCGCCUCACUAUUUUCCGUGAGUGCCUUAGAUCAUGACAUAAAUGAAAAUGCUCUUAUUUCAUAUCAUAUUCUGAGAGACAGUGGUGAGGGGAACAAUUGGGCAUCAUUUCUUAAUAUUAAUUCUGAAACUGGGAACAUUUUGGCGCUAAAAAGCUUUGACUUUGAAACUUUAAAAACAUUCAAUUUCCAAGUUGUAGCUACAGACUCUGGAACUCCGUCACAAAACAGCAGCGUCACAAUAAACGUGUACAUUCUGGAUCAGAACGACAACGCUCCAGUGAUCUUGUAUCCAGUCAGCACUAACGGUUCCGCUGAAGGUGUGGAAGAGAUUCCCCGCAAUGUGAAGGCAGGCCAUUUGGUGACUAAAGUGAGAGCCUAUGACGCUGAUAUAGGAUACAACGGAUGGUUAUUAUUUUCACUGCAGGAAGUUACUGACCACAGUCUCUUUGCUUUGGACCGCUAUACGGGACAGAUACGGACACUUCGGUCAUUCACAGAGACAGACGAGGCUGAGCAUAAACUGGCCAUACUUGUAAAAGACAAUGGGAACGUUUCACUGUCAGCAACAGCUACUGUGAUUAUCAAGGUUGUGGAGCCCAAAGAGGCGUUUGCAGCUUCUGAUGUUAAAAGUUCAGUAAAAGACGAGGAGGAGAACAGCGUUACAUUUUAUUUGACCAUUACUCUGGGGUCAGUUUCAACGCUUUUUCUCAUUAGCAUCAUCGUGUUGAUUGUAAUGCAGUGCUCCAAAACCACAGACUAUUCCUCCACGUAUGUACAAGAUGCGAAUUACGACGGGACACUAUGCCACAGCAUCCAGUACAGAUCCGGAGACAAUCGGUACAUGUUAGUUGGACCCAGAAUGAGUAUAGGUUCUACCAUAGCCCCGGGCAGCAAUGGAAAUACUCUAGUGUUACCCGAACACAGAAGAGCUUCUGGAGAGGUAAGACAUUAA